UUUGCUUCCAUUUUUAGCGAAGAGGGUCGGUCAAAUGAGGCGUCUCCUCGGUCGCAAGCGUAGUCAAAACCCUAGAAGCAUCGUCCGUGAGCGGCCCUUAUCAAAGCCUGACAUUUUGACCCAACGGAAAGGAUGGUAGACGAGAGAGUAAGUUGGCCGUUAGUAUUUGGAAUUUCGCCAGCUAAGACUUGCAGAUGGGUCGCCUGCCGCACAAAUGUCGCGUUUGUUGCCUGGCGGAAUCACGGUGCGUUUCGAAGCAUCCUCCCACGACCCAUUCACCGAUCGCCAUCGAUGAUACAGAGGAAGACGAAGAAAGAAAGGGCGAAGUCUUUUUAUAGCGUUCUCUCCUCUUCAUUCUUCGCCGCCCCUUGUUUACGUCGUCCCUGGUGUUUUACUCCUCCACCGCCUCCUCCUAAAUUCAGCCGUGCUGUGUAGGGCAUCCCCUUCCUCCCCUCCCGGCGUGUCACAAGCCUGGAUUUGAGGUCUUGCUAUCUGUCUGACCUUUUGUUUGAUCUGAGGCUCCAAAAAUCCCACAUUUCUCCUCAUCUGUAAAUUUCCUUUUAUAAGCGGCUGAUUUGAACAUGGCUGGUUCUGAACAAACAGCCAAUGCCCCAUUGAUCCUAUCAUCUCCCUCCCGGCUGCCUGACUUCAAGCAAUCCGUGAAGCUCAAGUAUGUUAAACUUGGUUACCACUAUCUAAUUACCCAUGGAAUGUACCUAUUCCUUCUGCCUCUUGUUGCCAUUGUUGCCGCAUCCCUCUCCACCUUUUCCAUCAAGGAUGUCCAUGACCUUUGGGAGCAUCUUAGAUUCAACCUGAUCUCUGUCAUCCUUUGCUCCACACUUCUUGUCUUCAUCUCCACUGUCUACUUCCUCACACGCCCCAGACCUGUGUAUUUGGUUAAUUUUGCUUGUUACAAGCCCGAAGAUGCACGGAAAUGCUCUAGGCUAACGUUCAUGGAUAGAUCUAUUCAAACAGGCUCGUUUUCAGAAGAGAACCUUGCGUUCCAGAAAAAGAUUCUUGAAAGGUCUGGUCUCGGUGAAUCAACUUACCUCCCUGAGGCGGUCAUCAAUAUACCUCCGAACCCUUGCAUGGCCGAGGCACGGAAGGAAGCUAGAAUGGUCAUGUUUGGUGCCAUUGAUGAACUUUUGGCAAAGACAAAUGUCAAACCCAAGGACAUUGGCAUCUUAAUUGUCAAUUGUAGCUUGUUCAAUCCAACUCCAUCUCUUUCUGCCAUGGUUGUGAAUCAUUACAAGCUCCGAGGUAAUAUUGUCAGUUAUAAUCUUGGCGGAAUGGGGUGCAGUGCUGGUCUCCUUUCUAUUGAUCUCGCCAAGGACCUUCUUCAAGUCUAUCCCAAUUCUUAUGCUUUGGUUAUCAGCAUGGAGAACAUCACUUUGAACUGGUACUUUGGAAAUAACCGUUCCAUGCUUGUUUCCAACUGUUUGUUCCGUAUGGGAGGUGCUGCAAUUCUUCUAUCGAACAAGAGGUCAGAGCGCUGGCGUUCAAAGUACCAAUUGGUGCACUCGGUUCGCACUCAUAAGGGUUCUGAUGAUAAGUGCUUCAGUUGUGUCACCCAAGAAGAGGAUGAGAAUGACAAGGUGGGUGUGUCCCUUUCAAAAGACCUUAUGGCAGUUGCUGGUGAUGCUCUCAAGACCAACAUCACUACACUAGGUCCACUUGUCUUACCCGCGUCUGAACAAUUGAUCUUUUUGGCUACACUGGUGGCCAAGAAGUUAUUCAAAAUGAAGAUCAGGCCUUACAUUCCAGAUUUCAAGUUGGCCUUUGAGCAUUUCUGCAUUCAUGCUGGAGGAAGGGCUGUUUUGGAUGAAAUAGAAAAGAACUUGAAGCUCUCUGAUUGGCAUAUGGAACCCUCAAGGAUGACCCUCUACAGGUUUGGAAACACUUCAAGCAGUUCCCUAUGGUAUGAAUUGGCUUAUUCAGAGGGGAAAGGGAGGAUCAAGAAGAAGGACAGAAUUUGGCAAAUUGCAUUUGGGUCUGGAUUCAAGUGCAACAGUGCUGUGUGGAAGGCUCUGAGGACCGUCAAUCCUGCAAAGGAGAAAAACCCAUGGAUGGAUGAAAUUGAUGAUUUUCCAGUUGCAGUUCCAAAGGUUUCAACACUUUGACUAUGAACUGGGUGAUGUUGGAAGGUGCAUCUGUUCACAGGCAAAGGAUUUGAUUAAUUAGAUUGUAAGGUGGGAAAAAAUAGCAUUGGUUCAACUGGUGGAUUUAGGAGGUUGGAGUGAUGUUUAUCUAUUUGUUUUGGUUUAGAUCCAGAUGUUUCUUAUUAAAACUUGUCAUAAUCCAACUCUUGCACUAGCAUGUGUAUCCUGGAUGUCAGGUUGAUGUAUGUCAAAUACUUUUGGUUCUUCCAAGUUAUCCAAUAUUAUUUUGUAA